AUGGGUGGGGGGGGGGGGGGGGGGGGGUUAUCUCAUCUACUCAUAUCUAAAGGGAAUGAAAAGUUGAAGGAGGGUGCCGUAAGUGUAUCAAAGUUGAAGAUGUGUGAGAAUGUGGGGGGGGUGGGGGGGGGUGGGGGGGGGGUGGGGGGGGGGGGUGGGGGGGGGGGUGGGGGGUGGGGGGGGGUGGGUGGUGGGGGGUUGGGGGGGGUGGGUGGGUGUGGGGGGGGUGGGGUGGGUGGGGUGGGGGGUGGGGUGGUGGGGGUGGGUGGUGGGGGGGUGGUGGGGGUUGGGGGGGGUGGGGGGGGGGGGGGGGGGGGGGGGGGGGGGGGGGGGGGGGGGGGGGGGGGGGGGGGGGGGGGGGGGGGGGGGGGGGGGGGGGGGGGGGGGGGGGGGGGGGGGGGGGGGGGGGGGGGGGGGGGGGGGGGGGGGGGGGGGGGGGGGGGGGGGGGGGGGGGGGGGGGGGGGGGGGGGGGGGGGGGGGGGGGGGGGGGGGGGGGGGGGGGGGGGGGGGGGGGGGGGGGGGGGGGGGGGGGGGGGGGGGGGGGGGGGGGGGGGGGGGGGGGUGGGGGGGGGGGGGGGGGGGGGGGGGGGGGGGGGGGGGGGGGGGGGGGGGGGGGGGGGGGGGGGGGGGGGGGGGGGGGGGGGGGGGGGGGGUUGGGGGGGGGGGGGGGGGGGGGGGGGGGGGGGGGGGGGGGGGGGGGGGGGGGGGGGGGGGGGGGGGGGGGGGGGGGGGGGGGGGGGGGGGGGGGGGGGGGGGGGGGGGGGGGGGGGGGGGGGGUGGGGGGGGGGGGGGGGGGGGGGGGGGGGGGGAGGGGGGGGGGGGGGUGGGGAAAUGGUUGGGAGGUAAGGAUUUAA